UUGGAUUUGACAUUUCGCAUCAUUUGCAGCAGAAGCACGACUAUUUGGCCAAGCAGCAGUGCAGUAGGUUUAAUCGAUUUUCACAAAAAUGGGUGAUAUGUCCAAAGCUGAAAAAGAUUUCUUGCUCAGGAAACAUGAGCAGACAAUGAAAUUGCGUGCUGAAUACCUUAAGAAUUCAACAAAUCCCUUCCGUCAUGCCACAGGUGAAGGCGGCACCAUCUUUGAUGCCGGUUUGGCCCGCUACCAAGCCAUGAGGGUCAGCAAUUUUGAACAUUUCAAGCCCACUGGUCAUGCAUUCCGUGUUGGAAUGGGUGUUGUGGUACUGCCAAUCAUUCUGUACGCUUGGGCCAUGAAGAAAGAGCGCGACGGAAGAGAGCAACAAUAUCGCAAUGGAGAAGUAGCCUACAAGGAUCGUCUAUUCAAAUUCAUUUAAGAAGCUAAUUUUUUGUUGAUAUUGAAGUGUGAAGCCAUCCGAGUAAAUAAACAAAAAACUAAGUGCAUUAGUGUAAUUAUGUAUUUCUAAAGGAAA